AAUCAUCACAAAAAGAGAUAUCUGAGAAGACAAUUAACAACCAAUCAGUCACAUCGAAGGCCACUGAAAUCAGUUCACAGAGUCGUGUGUCUGAGCUGAACAGAAUGAUGUCAACGGGUAUUCUGAUGAUGCUCCUGUUCUUUAAGCAUGUUACUGCAGACAGCUCAGGUGUGACUGUUGCCAAUUCUAUCCAGUUUAGCUGUGGGGGCAGACAGUGUCCAGUGGGACAGGACUGUAUCAGUGUUGGUGGAACACUUCGCUGUGCAGACCCCUGCCAGAAUUAUACCGCACUGAAUGACGACUGGCGUGCCACCAACAACAACAACAACAACCAGGUUAAUGGGGGCUUACACUGUGACCAGAGCAUCAACUUUCAGGGCUGGUAUCGCCUGUUCCUGGGGCACACCAGCGUUCAGAUGCCAGAAAGGUGUGUGGAGAUUAACAUGUGUGGAACCCACGCCCCAAUGUGGCUCACAAAGCCCCAUCCCCAGCUGUUAGACGGGGUGGUUCAGAGGGGUGUCUGUGGGAGCUGGUCUGGUAACUGCUGCUACUUUAUUCAAACUCCCAUCCAUGUCAAAGCCUGCUAUGGAAACUACUAUGUCUACAAGUUUGUCCCUGCAAUAAACUGCCACUUGGCCUACUGUGCAGACGUCAACACCAAGGUGUGUUCUACCUGUAGAGAUGAUGACACCUGUAUGAGUGAGGAUAAGACCACCUGGAGGUGUGAGAGGAAAGCCCCUACACCUACAACACCUCGGAUAACUGUUACCACCACCAAUCCUCCAAUCAUGGCCCCAGAGGUAGUGUGUGGGCAGAGCAUAAUACAGGUGGGUCUAAACAGGGCUAACCUGAAGGCCGCUGGUCUGAACGCUUCCACAGCUCACCUGGCCGACCCUAGGUGCUCCGCCCACGAGGAUCGUAACGGCACGGUGUGGUACCAGGUGGAGCGACGGGAGGGACGCUGUGGAAACACUCUGGAGACUAACACCACCCAUGCUGUCUACUCCAACAGCUUAUUCGUUUAUCCAGAAAAUGGGAGAAAUUACUCUCUCUCCCGACCCGUGAGCUAUCCUUGCUCCUGUGUCUAUCCUCUGGAGACAGAGAGCAGUCUGGAUGUGGCCAUCAAACCCUACCUACUGAAUAGUCGUGGAGCUGUUGGAGUCGGUGCCAAGGCCAGAGCCUCCAUGUUUCUGUAUCGUAACUCCAACUACACAGAGUCUUACCCAGCUGGUGAAGUCCUCCUGCCGAUUGGUUCCACUCUGUGCGUGGGCGUGUCCGUAGAGGAGUCCGGGAUGGAGCGUUUUGUUGUUGUUCUAAGGGACUGCUAUGCCAACCAAUCCCCCAGCCCUGAUAAUCUCCCACGGACCUACAUGAUUCAGGACAGGUGUCCUACAAAUCGUACCCAGGUGACCGUGGAGGAAAGUGGCUCGUCCCUCAGGGCUCGCUUCUCUGCUGCGUUGCAGGUGGACUACCGUUACUUCUUCCUGCACUGCAGCCUCAGCCUGUGUGACCAGGGGAGCUCCUCCUGCACUCCAGUGUGCUCUGGAAGAAAAUCUCGCUCUGUGUCUGAAUCUGUCCUCCUCAAGCCCAUAGCCAUCGGGCCAAUCAGCUGGGCCCAGAGUCUGGAGUGAGCCUUGGGAACCACCCAGCAUGUCAUAUGAAGGAUGGGGUCCCUCCUGCACUACUCCCCUGAUCUCCAUCCUAACCUACAGCCCAGUGUAACUUUCAAGGGCACAGAAAUACUUGCUUUGAUUCUAGUAAUGAAUUUAUGCACUACAGUGUGAUUUCAUUGUACUGUGUAUGUUGUAUACACAGAGACUUGCAUUGUUUUAGGACUGAUCAUUUCCUCAAAUCAUUGUGUAAGUUCCAACCAAACCUGAGUUGCUGUGUGUGUAU